AGUGAUGUAGAGCAGAUGAAGGGGACGUUUCCUGAAGUGUGCUCAGCGGAACCACCUUAUACCGCGGCCAUCUGCAAUCUCUGGGACAAAGCCCACACCUCAGCUAUGGCCAGUCGCUGCAAGAUAUGGGGGCAGUUGCAGGUUGUCGUUAUCGGAGUGCUAUGCUGCAGUUUCAAACAGGCUGCAUGCAAAGUAGACCUCCCGGUCUCCGAAUCAGCCAAGGUCAGUAGAGAUGGUUUCAAAGGAACAGGUCAGGACGAUAUCUUUACAAAGGCCCUGAGCAAGUCAUCGUUCAGCGGCCAUGGAGCCAUCAAGGAAAGGCCAAAAGGUACAUUAGAUUCAAGUGCAAUCAAGUCCUGGAUUGCCAUGAUGGAAGAAGGUACCGUUACCAGACACAGAAGGUCAGCGGUAGCGGUUGGCCUGUUCAGGAGGAGGUUCGAGGGAAGGAUGAAGGCGAAGGAAGCUGCUAAACGAGCCGGGAAUCCCCAGAGAUACAGAGGAGCCGCGGUGAUACUGGCUGCAGCUAGGAGACAAGUUGCUAUAGGCAAGCGGAGGUAUCUGGCAUCGUGGGAGCGGAAGAGAAAGCUCGAACACGAACGGAGGAUCUCAGAAGAUGAUGAAGAAGAUAACAACGCAUUUCAAGAAGGACAUAGAGAAUCUUCCGGACAAGGUGAAGUCGGGGACGUUGACGAUUCUGAAAAUUCGAUAUAUAAUGAGAGAGACAGACAACCCAAAGACCAGAACACAUAUCAACCAGAGAAGACAGAUCCUCAACUUGGUGUGAGCACAGCUGUUCCGGUAGGGGGAGACACACGGAAACUAGCAGCCAAUGAGGUUAAUACCACUGAUGCUCAUCAGGGUGUCUCCCCGGCGGUACAGCAGGGUGUACAUCGACAGGUGGAAGGCAAUGGAGAGUCGGAAGAGCGGGAAAGAGAGGAGAACGAGAAACGGGAGCUAGCAAAAGAAAAACGACGGUUAGAGGAAGAAAGGCGACGUCGAUUAGACGAAGAAAGAAGGCGACAGUUAGAUGAAGAAAGGAGAAGGCAAUUAGACGAAGAAAGAAGGCGACAGUUAGAUGAAGAAAGGAGAAGGCAAUUAGACGAAGAAAGAAGGCGACAGUUAGAUGAAGAAAGGAGAAGACAAGAAGAAAGGACGCGUCAGCUAGAAAGAAUCGGCACAGUCCAGGUUGAUGUAGACGGAAGACGUAGAGCUGAAGAAAUUCGAAAACAGUCACCAGGGAGCAGAGGACAGUUUGAAGCAAAAAGAAGACAGUUAGAAAAGCAGAGAGGACAGAAUGUGGAGGUUCUGAGGAUACUUCGACUUGAGGAAGAGGCACAACGCCAAAAACUGAUGAAAGAAAAGGAAGACUAUUAUGAUAAGCAAAGGAGCAAUGAGAACAUGAGAGAACACAGCAGGGAAGUGCCACAAGGAGAGAACCUCGAGAGGUCUGAGAAUAACACAAACACUGAACAAAGCACUGUUUCCAUAACCAGUCCAACAUCUCCCACCACAGAAAGAUCCCAAAGCCAGCAACGAUCCGAAUAUGAAAAGCUGAUUAGAAGCCGUUGCACGGACUGUAAAGUCGGAAACCAGACCUUCCGUGGGCACUCCAGAUUUUCAUAUGAAGAGGACUGUCACAAGUACCAGUGUAUCUGCCACUGUGAUGGGACCCAUGACUGCCCAGCCCAGUACAAAGUGAAAGUCUGUGAUCAAGGUAUGCAGGAGAGGGACAGGCCUGUAUGCAACAGCUGCACUGUUGAAGGAGAAAUCAUCGAAGGGAAUGACAGGUUUGAACUGCAAGAUGGCUGCACUUUGUUUAGAGACUGCAAAUGUUUCUGUAAUGGCACGUCACAUUGUUCACCUGACCAAACAGAGAAUACCUGUGUCUCAGAAAGCAAAACAGGACCAGAGGCAUCCCAAGUCGAUUCCAAGCCAAAUCAGGUCUGUCAGAAGUGUGUCAUCGAAGGCAUAGAACACCCCGCGGAAUCCAGGUUCCAGUACACCAGGGACUGCAUCACCACCGACUGCAGCUGCAGUUGCAACGGCACCAUAGAAUGUGAUCAGUCAACUGCAGUGAACAGAUGCGACUCUGCGCAGCAAACUCCCCAGCCCCAACUAGAAAUACAGGUAAACAACCAACAGGUGAAGAUGCAGACGUGCCAGCAGUGCCUGGUGGCAGGUAGACUGAUUGACGGAAACUCACAGUUCAACGCCAAGGUGGGGUGUUACAUUGACACAUGCUUCUGUUUGUGCAACGGCAGGUACUCAUGCAUUCGGAACUGGGCACGUAAUAUUUGUAAUGAUGACACAGGGUUCGAUGGUGGGUUAGUUGAUCAUCGAGGGGUCUGCCGGGGCUGUUUCUUACAGGGAGUGCACUACCCUGGAAAUGCAACGUUCAAGUUCACCACUGGCUGUACAGCACUCGACUGUGCCUGUACUUGUAGUGGCACUGUAGAGUGUUACGAAGAAAGUGCUGUAAACAUAUGUGCCACUCGUCCACCUACCGUCCAGCCACUGUUUGAGGUAUUUACCACCCAGACUGUGAGGACACCUGGACCCCGGGAGUGCAAGAAGUGUUUAAUUAAUGGAACACUGUACGAUGGGAAUACUCAGUUUGACUUACAGAAUAGAUGCCACACCGACAGAUGCAUAUGUUCAUGCAAUGGUAACCAUACCUGUAGACGGUACCAGGCACGUGGUUGUAAUGAGACUGAAACCUCACCAAAGAAAGACUCAGAGCCAUGCCAGGAGUGCCUUAUUCAGGGAAGGAGGUAUCCGGGAAACUCGACGUUCAAGACCACAAGCCAGUGUAUUGCCAAGGACUGCCGAUGUUCAUGUAGUGGAUCUGUUGAAUGUGAUGACAGAACGGCUGUAAAUAUAUGCCAGACUACAUCUGUUCAACCUUUGCCAACCACACUACAGCCGACACCGCAGGAAGCGUCGUGUAAGACGUGCGUUGUGGAUGGAAUGGAUUAUGCCGGAGGAUCGAAAUUUAAAAUCAAAAGAGGAUGCAAAGUGUACCCAUGUCACUGUCCCUGUGAUGGCAGAUGGGGAUGUCGAACAGACGCUGCUGUGGACAUCUGUAACAAACCUUCCAGCGAGCCUACAGUGAGUCAGGGAACGUGCAAGAGAUGUGUCGUUCAGGGUAGGAAAUAUCCUGGAAACUCACAGUUCAAACUACGAAAAGGCUGUGUUUCUUUCAGAUGCACCUGUGCGUGUGAUGGAAGCUGGAACUGUCCCCCUGAACAGGCAAGGAACUACUGCCCCGGUUCAACGCAGUCUACGGAGACCACAACAGCUGCAACUCUCUCCCCGACAGAACCCUUGUCAGAGAAACAUUCUGAGACAAAAUAAUGGUCUCUUUGGGUCACGUUAUGACUGAUAAUUGCUCUUUGCCAGUCAAGAACAAAUGUGUCUGUUACCCCACUAUUGUAUAUAACCAUUAAAUGCCAGUAAGGAUGCUAUGCGAAUAUUAAAGCUUUAGUUUGCAAUUCUUUCUCUUGAAUAAAUAUUUGUUCAUCUGAAA